ACUUCCUGUUUUAUUAAUUGCGAAUUUUCAAAUUACAUAAAUUUUAAACAGUGUGCUAAUAAAGAUUUAUAACAGAAAAUACACUGGACUCUAUAUGAAAUUUAUUACAAAAUGACAGGAUUGUACCUUGGAAUUAUUUUUACACCUCUUUUUGCCGCUGCAGUGAAUGGAGAAAGCACACAAUGUAGCAAGGACUGUGUAAUAGACCCGAACACAUUGCAAGAUUUAUGUAACAAUGUAAAAGGGUCAGACGAAGAGGACAACAAACUUCUUGUAUUGGCUAUAAGUGGGUGGUCAUUCUUUUUAAUACUUUCGGUGUUUGUGUGUGUCGUAGCAAUAAAGGAAGGAUUUGUUAUUUGUGAAGAUCGGCGUGAAAUCAGGGGCAACGCAGGGGAGGUUAAAGAAUCACAAAACAGUUCUCAAUCAACAUACGAAUCUUUAAGAAACGAUCAACGUACAGAAAUUGUUCAAACACAUUAUGAACCUCUGCAGAUUGAAAAAGGAAAAAUUGCGGAGUACGAGAAUAUUGUUUCGUAAAUCAUUUGCUAGUAUCAUGUAAAAGGACAAAAAUCAAACAACUAAUUGUCCACUCGGAUGAAGACACAUUCUGUAUAUUAUUAUAGGUCUGCAUGUACUAAUAUUGUUGAAUGAUCACCAAACUUUGUCUGUAGCAUUCUUAGAGGGUUUGUUUAUCAAGUUUCCUCAAGAUAAUUUGAUUGGCCCCUGUUAGGGGCCGCUAAAGCUAAAAAUAGAAACACUCUGUAAACACUUUCUUCUACUGAACUGAUAUAUGGAUUAUUAGUAAAUAUUGUUUGUAGCUUUCUUAGCUGUUUACUUUUCAAGUUUGCUCAAAUUAACAUGAAUGGUCCCUUUUAGGGGCAUCGAGAGCAAAAAUAAUUAGAAAAAAACUUUUAAAUGACUUUUCUAAAUAAAUUGUUAGAAACACUAA